AUGAAGAUUUACGAGAACAUUCUCAAGGGCAAGGUGAAGUACCCGGCGUACGUGCACCCCGAUGCCCAGGAUCUUCUCGAGCGCUUGAUCACGCCUGAUCUGACCAAGCGGCUGGGCAACCUGUACGGAGGUCCGGAGGAUGUCAAGAAGCACCCUUGGUUUGCCGAAGUCACCUGGGACCGCCUAGCCCGAAAAGAUAUCGAUGCCCCGUACACGCCGCCAGUCAAGGUCGGUGCCGGUGAUGCCAGCCAAUUCGAUCGCUACCCUGAGGAGACCGAACGCUACGGCCAAGCCGGAAACGACGAGUAA